GUGGCACUGUGUCCUCACUAGCUCGACCUCAUGUUCCCCGUCGCGCCAAGCGCGUCCAUCUCACUCUCCAUGUCCUCGUUCUCUGGCGAGAGCUCGAGGCACUCUGGCCACUCCGGCAUGCAGCCCGCGCCGCUCGCGCUCGCGAUCCUCGACCGCCACGCGGGCCUCCCGACGUCGACGCUCACAUCCAGCUUCGAGCCUCAAACCGUGUCUCUCCCCCUCGCUGCUGGCUUUCUGCUACUCUCCUGCGCUCUUCGCCUGCAACAGUCAAUGUGCGCGCUCAAGAGCAUGCUCUCAUCAAGCUUCGUCAUCAUCUGGCAGAGCCUUGCCGCCGACUCACUCCCACCCUCUUGUGUCCACACUUGGGUAGUCUCCACCUCGCUGUCUCUUGAUUCUCGCUCUCUGCAGAGUUGUUCUGGAUGCGAAUUUACGCUGUAAUAGCUCCUUGCUCCCCAAUUAGCAUCACCAUGUUCCUGCAGCCCGACGUCUGCCCCAUACUCGAGACGUUCGUCUUUGACUGCGGCGAGAAGCUGCUCAAUGCACGCUCCCCACCACCGCCAUCCCUCUAUUCGACUCCCGCUUUCCCAGCCUCCAGCACGCACUCACCCACCUUCUCCGCACCACCCAUGCCCUCGCGGAACGCGCUCGAGCCCGAGCUACACACGCCCAACUGCACACUCCGCCGCAUCAGCAUCAGCGGGAUGGGCAUCUCGCGCCUGUACCCGAACCGGCCGAGCCACGCGCAAGACCACUUACCCUCACUCCUGCGGCACCACACGCUCUUCCCCACACUCGAGACCGUGCGCACGGUCGGCUUCCUCGUUGACGCGUGCACGGACCAGUUCGCAGGGAAAUUUUCAUCUGGUGGACGGAGAAGUUCGAGGAGCAAUACACCGACCCUGCGGACAGCAAGCAGGAGAUCGUCGCGGAGGAUCACGCGAGCCUGGUACACAAGAGUGACACGGAGGAGGUAAAAUAAGAAUGGCAAGCCCAAUCGGGCGUGAAGCACGGGUUUGAGAAGGAGGGAAGGAAACACUACCGACUGGUGAGUAUCCCGCACGCUCCUUCAAAUUUACCGCCUACGGUCGUCGGUGACUCGCUUGAUAUCCUUCGCUCACCCACUUGCCCACACGAUCGCACGGACGCCCGCGCGCGAUUGUACAUCUGCACGCUCGGCCCCAUCUUCGUACGCUCAUCCGCACGGUCACUCGCCCACCGGUGGUCGACUCAACCGCAAACCCACCAGUGGACCCACGAACCCGCGUUACCCGCACGCAACCCGUGCCCACUGCGGUGGGUCUUUACCCGGGCGGGUGCGUUUCUUCGGUUUAGUUAUAUUACAUACAGUACUAGUACUACACAAUGUGUAGCAUACAUCGAAAAUGAAAUCUAUUGCCAGAAA